CCGUAGUUUUGCUAGGCAUCCAUAUUGUAACGAAAUUAGACUAAUUCUUGCUCUAAUGCGUUAGCUAGCUAACAAAACUAAAGUUAUUAGAUAGAUAGAAACUUUAUUGCAAACUCAAGGUCCAAAUUCUGAACAAUAAAAAAACAACAAUAACAAAGAAAGCAAUAAAAAUAUAUAGCUAGACGCACUUAACUUUAAUUAAUCUCUGUAAAUUACACAAAGAAAAAACGUAAAUGCAUCUUGGCAGAUAUUUGGCUUUCAUGUUGCUUUCACUGAAUUAACGUGAGCUAAAAUUUUCCUUGCAGACACUGGCUUCUCUCAUUGAUACUCAGGGACACUUCAUCCUGUUUGUCUUGGAGAGAGAGCUCUUUCCUCACCACUAUGUCCCAGAAUCAGUCACAGACAGCUGACUUCUUCAGCCAAGAUGUAUUCAACCAACUAUUUGAUAUGCUGGACCAAUCUGCCAUUCACUCAGUCCAGCCAAUUGAGCUGAACUUCACAGAAGGUCCAACAGAUGGGUCUGCAGGAAACACCAUUCAGAUCAGUAUGGACUGCAUAACCAUGCAUGAACAGGAUGAGAUGCUUUCUUCACAGUAUACAAACCUGGGGCUCCUGAACAGUAUGGAUCAGAACAUUCAGAAUGGUGGCUCAACCUCUACCAGCCCCUACAACAAUGACCAUUCACAGAACACCGUGACAGCCCCAUCGCCCUACGCCCAGCCAAGCUCUACCUUUGAUGCUCUUUCUCCCUCACCGGCUAUCCCAUCCAACACAGACUACGCUGGGCCCCACACCUUUGAUGUGUCCUUCCAGCAGUCUAGUACAGCUAAAUCUGCCACCUGGACGUACUCAACAGAACUGAAGAAGUUGUACUGCCAGAUUGCCAAGACAUGUCCCAUUCAGAUCAAAGUGCUGACCCCCCCACCACAGGGCGCUGUCAUCAGGGCCAUGCCUGUUUACAAGAAAGCCGAACAUGUGACCGAGGUGGUGAAGCGCUGCCCAAACCACGAGCUCAGCCGCGAGUUCAAUGACGGUCAAAUAGCUCCUCCAAGCCAUCUGAUCCGCGUGGAGGGAAACAGUCAUGCCCAGUAUGUGGAGGACUCCAUCACUGGAAGACAGAGUGUAUUAGUUCCUUAUGAACCACCCCAGGUGGGGACAGAAUUCACCACCAUCUUGUACAACUUCAUGUGCAACUCGAGCUGCGUGGGUGGAAUGAACAGACGCCCAAUUCUCAUCAUUGUCACUCUGGAAACCAGAGAUGGUCAGGUAUUAGGCCGUCGGUGCUUCGAGGCCAGGAUCUGCGCCUGCCCAGGCCGAGACCGGAAGGCAGAUGAAGACAGCAUCCGCAAGCAGCACGUAACGGACGCCACAAAGAGCAGUGAUGGUAUGAAACGCCCCUUCCGCCAGGUUUCCCAUGGCAUACAGAUGUCCACCAUCAAGAAGAGAAGAUCUACAGAUGAGGAGGUUUUUUGUUUGCCUAUAAAAGGCCGGGAAAUUUAUGAGAUUUUGGUAAAAAUCAAAGAAUCUCUGGAACUCAUGCAGUUUCUUCCACAACAUACCAUAGAAUCAUACAGGCAGCAGCAGCAAAAUCUACUUCAAAAACAGACCUCAAUGCCGUCUCAGCCCUCCUUCGGCUCCAGCUCCCCGACUCACGGAAAAGUCAACAAGCUGCCCUCUGUCAGCCAGCUCAUCAACCCCCAGCAGCGUAACACACUCACCCCAUCCAGCAUGUCUGGAGGCCUGACUGACAUGACUCCUAUGAUGGGCACUCACAUCCCGAUGAACACUGACAUGAGUUCAUUGAGCCCCACACACACACUGCAGCCACAGCUGCCCCUGGUGCCUUCCUCCCACUGUACUCCCCCUCCUCCAUACCCUAUGGACAGCAGCAUCUCCAGCUUCCUCAUACGGCUGGGCUGCGCAGGCUGCUUGGACUACUUCACAGCACAGGGUCUAACCAACAUCUACCAGAUUGAGAACUAUAACAUGGAGGACCUGUCCAGGCUGAAGAUCCCCGCGGAGUUCCAGCACAUAAUCUGGAAGGGCAUCAUUGAACACCGACAGGCCAUGGAUUUUUCUCCCCCUCCCCACAUAGUGCGUACCACCAGCGGGGCCUCCACCGUCAGCGUGGGCGCCUCUGAGGCCCGAGGUGAGCGUGUCAUCGACGCUGUACGCUUCACCCUGCGCCAGACCAUCUCCUUCCCACCACGUGACGAGUGGUCCGACUUCUCCUUCGACCUGGAUUCUCGCCGCAACAAACAGCAGCGCAUCAAGGAGGAGGGAGAGUAAGACGACCUCUGUGUCGUUGCAAGUGUUCCCACUACUCAUUUCACGCCUGAAUUGGAACAUUUCAGUUGAAAACCUGGUAUUACUGCUGAGGACAAAAUACAUAUUCUCAUAGAAAUGCACUUAAUUUCAUUGUUGUUCUGGUUCUCGGGGUCGCUGAGGAGAAACUAAAGCUGUUGAGCAAAGGUGCGUUUGAUUGUUCUGAUUUCUUGAGAGCACUUCAGAAAUGUUGAGGAUUGCUUUGAGGUUUAAGUGUUCACAAUUUAUUCCCAUGUUAAAGCAUGACUGGAAACAAACUUGGAUUAGAGGGUUUACUAGGGCUUUGAUUUCUGCUAUGGGCCACAGCAAAACUGUAUUUUAGUUGGUUAUACUUUUAAGUUUUUGCCAUUAUGGUUGUACAAGUUAGUCACAUACACUGUCGGUUUUUCAUUUGUGGCAGAAGUCAGCAUUGAUUGUAUACAUUUCAAAUGUUUCCUGUCAGAAGUAUUAUGUCAAUUUAUGGGCAAUUUAUUUUCUGCUGUAGCUUUUUUUUUUAUAAGUCUGAGACCAGUGCAUCACCGUUUUGUCAGGGUGUGAAGUAUGCAUGUGUUGUGUCAGAUGGUCAUUGAUUUGAUGUAGCUAUAUAUAGGCCUAAUGCUCUUAACCCAGUGUUUUACAGUACAGUGAUACUAUGACUGAUGUCCUUUUGUUUGCUCUUGUUUUACUGCUGUGCAAAGUGGUUACGCUUGCAUUUUGAGAGCCAGAUGCCUAGCACAAGUAUUUUUUUUUUUAUUAUUCAUGAACCACGUUUUGGUAGAGGUUUAUUUCAUUUGAUAACUAGCCAAAACCUAUGAUAUAGCUGUAUAUACACUUGUAUAGUUUUCUUUGUUUGAAAGUCUCCUUAGAGAAAAUGCAUGGUUGUCAUCAUGGAACAAAGCAUACUGAUGUGAAUACUGCCUGGGUGUUACUACCAGCAACAAAUGUAUUAAUUCAUAAGCGUGCAUACAGUAUGUGUAUCCUGCUUUAGCCUGUAGCCCAUGUUCAGCUUUGUUUCAUGUAGUCAGCAUUGUCAGAAAGCAGAAACACUCAAUUUUCAUGUUUUUGUACAAUGUAUUGUAAAUAUGUUGCAAUAUACCAGGGGUAUUUUGAUACAAAUCUG